GUUGAGCUUCUAGAGCGUUCUGUGGCGGAAGGGAGUGGACGUGUUGUAUUGAAAGAAAGUAGCGGUUUUUUGGCGUAAGUGACCAAACAUGGACCAAAGACAGGGGAUUUGUGUCCGUGUGGUGUUUUUGUGUUCGCUGGUGUGUCUUGGCUGGUCUGAAGACAUCGUGUAUGUCUCUGAGGGCGGAACUCUGCGGUUACAACCUGUCAUAUCCGGACCCUUCACUAGCGUGGUGUGGAAGUUCAACAAAGAUCUAAUAGCCGAGUGGGACGACGGCUCAGAAACCGUCUACUACGACAAGUUUCGAGGCCGAGCAAUCCUGAUCGAGACCACCGGGGAGCUGCACGUCUCCAAAGUGAAUGCGCAGGAUCUUGAAGGGAAGUUUACGGUGGAUUUGAAUAAUACCGCCGAGGCCGCCACCAUCACCGCCAUGAUCAUCGAACCAGUCCCCCAACCUGAUAUCCACCCGAGCCCGGUGGCGUGUACCCACCAGUCGGUCCGCUGCACGCUGCACUGCGGUGGAGACACCAGCAAGGCGGAACCGGUCAAGUUCCAGUGGAAGCACGACCAAAAAGAAAGUAGCAAGAGCAUCGUCAUUGACGUCAACACCCAGAAUGUGAAGAGCUUCUCCUGUAACUUGAGUAACCCCAUCAGCAUGAAGGAGAGCAAGCCCUUCAAAAACCCUUUCUAUCAAGACAACACAAUUGGACCGGGAGGGAUCACCGGACUGGUCCUAAUGUUCCUGGUUCUUAUUGCGCUCAUCGUGGGCGUCCUGUGUUGGUGCCAUAAGAAGAAACGCGCUGCCUUUGGUGUGAACGGAGAAGGUCGUCAACCUGGUGACAGCGCGGAGCGAGUGCAUCUGGAGUCCAACACUACGGCCACGACUUGACUUUCCCAUCUUGGAAGCUCUCUCCCAAUGCUGGAAGGACAUGACCUCCAUUUCGCUUUUCUAGAUACCAAAAACAGCUUUCUGGCGCUUUCAUUAAUCGAGGCUGUGUCUCUAAUGGAAUACUUAGGUCAGUACACUUAAAUAAGUGUACUGUCUACACUGUGUACUUAGCUCCCGAGUGUGGGAAUUUUGGCAAUGUUGCGCUGUCGCAACUCUGUUGCACACUUACUAGAAAUGAAGAUUGUAAUAUUGAACCACUUCCUCUUCUUUUAUUCCACUGCUGCUUCUAUUCCACCACUGUGGGUUGUUCCUCUUCUAUCAUCGUGCACUUUUUUUACUCGUGCAUUUUGCUUUACGGCUCAGUGUGAACACACUUAUGUACUCUAAAGACUUUAGUGUAAGUACACAAGUGUACCAAUUGAGACACAUCUCAAUUCUCAUUGACGACAAUUGGGGUGAAAUCCGAAAAGGGGGUGCAGUACUUGGCUGCAACCAGCAGAGACACUGGUGAGUCUCUGCUAUUUAAAAAAAAAAAAAAAGUUACGUUUCUACAUCGUGGAUUAAGAAAAUGUAGUUGAAGGUCCAUUUUACAUUUUUCUAUUUUACGUUCGGCACUCAUAGGUCACAGCUCUGAGGAUUGCACGCUUUAAUAUGCACAUAUCUUGAGGUGAAAAAAUAGCAGUUAUGUUUUAUUUAUUGAGAAAUGGAGGAAAAUGUGGACAUUAUUUUGAAAUGUGUUUGGGACAUCUGUGAAGUUUCCCCAUAUAAAUCAUUUGUGCAUAGUUGUGUUGUGAGUGUUUUAAAAAAUAAAAAAGGUUAAAUGUG